AUGGGCAAAGCAACGAAAUCUACGAAAAAAUUUGUGUCGAGUGGAAAGUUGAAGAAAACUAUCGAAUUGAGGAAAAAACAGCAACAGGUCCGCAAAAAAUAUCAAAAUCGACGAGGCGCGAAAUCUGGUGGAAGGUCUACCGCUCCAGAGGCCCCAGACAAUUCUGAUGAGGAACAGGAUGUACCUCAGGAAUCUCAACGAAGUUCCAAAAAAGGAAUGUCAGUAGACGAUGUCCUAGGCGCUGCAUUCAUAGACGACAGUGAUAAUGACAGCGGACAAGAAGAGGAGUUAGAUGAAGAUGAAGGGGAAGGUUCCCAAGAUGAGGACUUUGAAGACGAUGCUUCCUUCGGUUCUGUAGAUGAAUUAGAAGAAGAAGGCCAAAAUCAUCUGAUAGAGCUAUCACAACUAGCGGAAAGGGAUCCCGAGUUUUACCAAUAUCUGCAAGAGAACGACAAAGAAUUGUUAGAGUUUGAUCCUGAUAAUGCCCAUGAAGUAGAGGAUGAUGCUGUCCUGGAAGAUGAAGAUGUAGAGAUGGCCAAGGAGCAAUCCCCUGCGCUGACCAUUAAAAUAUUGAGAAAUUGGCAGAAAGCGAUUUUGGAGCAACGCUCGUUGAGGGCAUUGCGCAAGCUUCUGGUUGCUUUCCGUUCUGCAGCUCACAUGAACGAAGAUAGUCAGGUUCUAGCGUGGACCAUUGAUAAUUCUUCAGUGUACAACAAGCUAAUCACCACCACACUUCGAUACACGUCCGUCGUCCUUGAGCAUCACAUACCCUACAAAAACCUGCCAAACGGUAAAUUUAAACCCCCCACUCAGACAGCCAAAUUCAAAACCCUGCAGAAGAUGAUACUGUCAUAUUUCCAUAAUGUCAUAUACGUAUUAUCGCAAUUGACCGACAACGAAUUACUUCAACUGGCGGUGACAGAAAGUGCGAAGAUCAUUCCUUACAUCGUUAGCAAUCGUAAGGCCGUCAAACUCUACCUCAAGAAAUGUCUGGAAAUAUGGUCGAGUGCGAAUGACAGCAUAAGAAUAGCUUCCUUUGUUGCCAUUCGAAAACUAGCUGCCGCUACCGACCAGUCGAUAUUAGACCACGUCCUCAAGGGUACAUACCUUACCUUGGUUCGGUCGUCGAAAUCCACCACUGCGUAUAACCUACCCUCAAUCAAUCUGAUGAAGAAUUCCGCCUCGGAGAUAUACUGCCUCGACCAGGCGAUGGCGUACCAGCAUGCUUUCGGUUACAUUCGACAGCUCGCUAUUCACUUGCGAAAUAGCAUGAAAGUGAAAUCCAAGGAAGCCUACAAGCAAGUGUACAACUGGCAAUUUAUCCAUUCUCUCGAUUUCUGGAGUAUCGUUCUCGCUAGAGCGUGUGAUUCUGAACUGGAAUUGGCUAACGGAGCACCGAGUGAAUUGAAGCCGUUGAUAUAUCCUCUGGUUCAAGUCAGUCUGGGAGUUAUCAAACUCAUUUCGAACAGCCGUUCCUAUCCGUUCCACCUUCAUGUCAUACGCUCGUUGCUCCAUCUGACCCGGCACACCCAAAUUUACAUCCCGAUUGCCCCUUAUAUCCUUCCUAUCCUCACAUCGACCCUUUCUUCGUCUUCUCGCCCGAAAUCCUCAACACUGAAAUCCCUUGACCUCGAUCUUCAAAUCCGUACACCGCAACAGUACCUAAAAACUCGUGUUUACGUGGAAGGUCUCAUUGAAGAAGUAACGUAUCUUUCAGCCGAAUGGCUCUCCACAAAAGCUGUUCAUGGCAGCAUUGCUUUCCCAGAGAUUGUCGUACCGGUCUUGGUUGUCUUGAAAAAGGCAAUUAAGACUGCUAAAAGUAAUGGUUCUCGUAAAGAUUCUGCCUCAAUCAAAACGCUUGUAGAGCGUAUUGAGGAUAGUGUGAGGUGGUCCGAUCAAAGGAGAAAGGAGGUCAAACUUGCUCCGAAUAUGAUAUCGGCGGUGGAGGUUUGGGAGAGGGAACUGAAGGCAAAGGUGGACGAGUCUCCUUUGGGUAAAUAUGUCAAGGUGCAGCAAAAGACAAAAGAGAAGCAGCGCAAGCUGAUCCAAAAGGCACGCGAAGACAGAAGCGAAAUCCUAGAAUAG